AUGGGUAGACUCUACUUCCUGAGAAAGCUCAUGUCUUUCAAUGUGUGCAGCAAGUUACUGGAGAUCUUCUACCAGUCUGUGGUGGCCAGCCCCUUGUACUUUGCUGUAGUCUGCUGGGGGAGCAGCACCAGUAAAAGAGACAUUGGGUGGCAAAACGACAAACUGAUCCGUGAUCGGCUGGUGGAGACAGUGACUGUGGGGAUGGUGCCACUGUACAGGCUGCAGUGCCUCCUGAAGCGUGCCCACAUGCUGCUGCUGUGCCUGGGCAUAGCCUACUUGAUGGCGGGCAGUCUCCUCCUGCUCCAGCGUUCCAGUGUGAGACUGGGUCACUCCAGCCUGGCCAACGUGCCCCCGCUGUCCCUGGCAGCUCCUCCUGUGGCCCUCAGAACAGUGGGCCUGGGGGUGAGGGCGCGCUCACGCUGGGCUACUGUCCCAGUGUCUAUGGGGGGAGGCAGGCCGGGGCGGGGGUCCACCUCACGCAGCCUCGGGGUCCAACACCUGCACCGUCGCUGGUUUCACAAUCUGCUACCAGAGGGGCCAGAGCAGAGACAGUCACUGCACAGGAGCCGGCACAAAGGAACAUACAUGGGCUGCUUUCUUCACAAUGCAAGCGAUCAAGCUCUGGGAGGAACCAUGCUUUAUGACCUACGCAAAAUGACCAGCUCUCUGUGUCAAGACACCUGCUCCGAAAGUGGGUACCAGUUUGCCGGUCUGGAGUAUGGAGCAGAGUGUCACUGUGGGAACAGGAUCAGUAGCCCCCGUGCCCCGGACGAGGACUGCAGCCUGGUGUGUCGGGGUGAGAGGGGGUCUCGCUGUGGAGGGGUGGGACGACUCUCCAUUUACAAAGUGGAGGAGCAGCUGCCUGGCCACCGAAAAUUCAGGAACGUUCACUACCGCGGCUGCUUCCAGUUGCUCAAGAACGUCAUUGGCACCUUCCCCAUCUAUUCCUUCCAACCCAAUCUGACGUCCCAGUCCUGCAUCGAGACCUGCACAGAUAAGGAGCUGCCUCUUGCUGUGUUGAGUCGGCCUCACUGUUUCUGCACUUGGACUUCGUCUCUGUUCAGUGUGACUGAAGCGUUGGACGGUCAGCAGUGUGAGCAGAGCAGUGUGUCCAACCAGACCACUGCCCUGUCUGCAACACGCACAGAGAGGGACCACUACCACGUCUACCAAACCCCUGUCCUGGACUCCAGGUGCAAAGAGAGGAUGUUUCUGCCUCAGAGAUCCAGCUCCCUCGUGGCUCUGUCAAGUUUUCCUGGAGCAGGCAACACCUGGGUCCGCCACCUGAUUGAGCUCGUGACUGGAUACUACACCGGGAGCUUUUACUUUGAUGGUACACUAUACAACCGAGGUUUCAAAGGAGAGAAGGACUACUGGAAGAGCGGCCGUAGCAUUUGUGUGAAGACCCACGAGAGCGGUCAGAAAGAAAUAGAGAUGUUUAGUUCAGCCAUCUUGCUCAUCCGAAAUCCGUACAGGUCACUCAUGGCUGAAUUCAAUCGAAAGUGCGCCGGGCAUCUAGGGCACGCCUCAGACGCACAAUGGAAAAGUAAAGAGUGGCCAGAAUUCGUCUCCAGCUACGCCCCCUGGUGGGCAUCUCACGCACUGAGCUGGCUGAAAUUCGGCAAACGGCUGCUGGUGGUGCAUUACGAAGAGCUUCAGAAGUCCCUGAUCCCACAGCUACGUCUCAUUGUCUCCUUUUUGAAUGUGACUGUGAACGAAGAGAGGCUCCUGUGUGCCCAUAGCAACCAGGACGGCCAUUUUAAACGCUCGGGGUCACAGCGGCCGACCUUUGACCCCUUCACCGCUGAUAUGAGGACCAUGAUUGACUCGUUUAUACAUGAUGUGGAUCAGGCACUUCAGAGCAGAAACUUAAGUGGACUCCCAGUUGAAUACCUCCCGAGAUGAUGAAGUGGAACCUUGUCAGAGCCUGGUUUGUUUGUAGGGACUUUCAAAAGCCUUUUUCACUGUGAACGAACUCACGUAAACAAGCUGCUGAUGAGAGGCUGAUGAUAAAACAGAAAUGUUGUAAAGGCUUUUGUGCUGAUACUGCUCCAAAUAUGAAGGCACAUUUGUUUACGUCUAAACUGCAGAGGAGGGAUUAAUGAAUCUUAAUGCACUAAUGUGGGAGCUCUUUUAUA